AUUGUAAUUCAACGUAAAGUUGUUGCUAAACAAUUUAUUUCUCAAUUCGCUAGAAAAAAUGGAAAAAGGUGCACCGCAAAACAAUGCUGACGAGGAGGCAAAAGUAGAAGUUCCACCUCCAGCUCCGAAAACCACAUCCGCCGAGAGAGCUCCUGAGAAAGUUUCAGCCGAAAAAGCUCAGGAACAAGAGAAAUCCGCUAUGGGCUCAGUGCCGAUUCCGCCAGAAAGAGAGAAACAUAUUAAAGAAAGAAAGACCGGAUACGAGUAUUCAAUUGUUACAAUCAACUACAAGCCUGGAACGAAGUUUGGAUUGGGAAUCAAGAACGUCUUCAACAAGAGUAUCUAUGUGAUUAAAGUUGAAGAGAAUUCACUUGUCAGUGGAAUAUUCAACGUGGCUGAUCGUAUCAUUGAUGUUGAUGGGGAACCAGUGUAUGACAAUGCAAAAUGCAAAGGACUUCUUGUCAAAGCAUUGAAAGAGAAGAAAGUUUGCACGUUGUUGAUUGAACGAGGAAUCACUGAGAGUGCAUUGAAGGAUGCUACUAACGAGAUGAAUGAAGAGCACACUCAAUCUGUCAUGGCCCCACCUGAUGUGAAGAGUAUCAUGCGUAAGCUUGAAGCUCACAAUUUCCUUCGUAAAUCUCCAUCUUGUGAAAGUGCGGCUGCUCCAAAUCCAGUUCCCAGUGCAAUGACGAAAAAUAAAGAAGGCAAAGGAGAGAGAAAGGCGUGUAUUUUGGAAGAUGGUCACAAAUCUGUCAUGAUUCGUAUGGAUAACGAGGAGAAUCGAAACAAGCUCAAGAAAGUGGAACCCAAAGAGCCACCGAGAAGACUUGAUCCUAAGACUCCACCGAAACCAGCGGCACCUGAACCAAAACCGGAAGGAAAAUAAUAUAUUGAACUUCAAUGCCUUACUUUAGAAUGAAUAAAUGGUUCAAUGACA